CUCCUGAUAGACGCCCAGCAAUUAAAAAAAAAUCUUAAAAUCCCUGCGGAAAAAAAUCACGCGAAAAUUCUCCCCGUCUCUGUCUCGCUCUCUCUCGCGAGGGCAAGGAGGAAGCGGGGGAAGGCGAGGAGGCGGGCGACGCGACUCCACUCUCCCCCCUCAGGCACCCAGCUGCCGUCGCUUCUCGCGCCGCCAGCUCCGCAGUUAGAGCAUUAAGGGUCGCCUUGGUUGCCUGAGGCCGACCCAGCGCCUGCAAUGGAGGAGAAGGCCGUCGCAAAUGGCACAGCAGCUGAUGAUGUCGCUGCUCCGGAUAAUAACAAGGAUAGCACCAAUAAGGAAGAAGCUGUCAAGAGCAUGGAGCCUGCAGUAGUGAAUAAGGAUGCUGAAGAACAUAAUAAAGGCUCAGAAAAUGGCACCGAGGGCCCGUCAGAUGCAGAUGUCAAGAUGGCAGAGGCUGAGAGUGCAAAGGAAGGUGAUGCAGCUGCAGCAAAGGAUGUGGAUUCCGAGGAUGUCAAAAUGGAUGCAGAUGCAAUGGAAGGUGAUGGUGAUGCAGCUGUGGCAAAGCAGGUGGAUUCUGAGGAUGUCAAAAUGGAUGCAGAUGCAAAGGAAGAUACUGAUGCCAAGAAAGAAGGCGAAGAUGUCAAGAUGACUGAGGCCGAGGAAGGAAAUGCGGAGGUCAAAGAUAAAGAAGAGAAGGAAGAUAAAGUUGAUAACACAAACGUGGAUAAGCUGGAUGAAUCAAAGGAGCAAGAGAAAGAUGGUUCGGCAGAGCAAGAGGAAAACAAAGGAAAAGAAACGGACGAGCAUAAGCAACCGGAAGGAACCAAACAGUUAGAUGCAAAAGAAGAGAAAGAUAGUUCUGCAGAGCUAGAGGAAAACAAUGGAAAAGAAACGGAAGAGCAUAAGCAACUGGAAGGAACCGAACAGUUAGAUGCAAAAGAAGAGAAAGAUGGUGCUGAUGAGAAGCAACAGGAAGAGAAAGCAGAAGAAAAGGGCUCUGCUGAUAAGAAAGAUGAAGCUGACAACUUGGAAGAGAACAAGGAGGAGACUCCGAAGAACAAGAAAGUAAGGAGUGCCAGGGAUAGAAGCCAGGGAAAGGAGAAGAAACAGGAUGGGUCCAAAUCCAGGGAAGCUAAAAGUUUGCUGGAGACCCCGAGCCCAUAUGGGACUGAUCGCCCUCAACGCGAGAGGAAAACAGUGGAGAGGUUGGUUGAGGUGAUUGAGAAGGAACCAAACAGGAACUUCGUGGUUGAGAAGGGACGUGGGACUCCUCUGAAGGAUAUACCAAAUGUGGCACACAGAAUAUCGAGGAAGAAACCUGGUGAUCUUAAAUUUCUUCACAAUCUUCUUUUUGGGAGGAAGGGCAAGAGCGUCGACUUUAAAGGACAUAUACUCCAGUUCUCUGGAUUUGUUUGGCAUGAGAGUGAUGAAAAGCAGAGGGCCAAGGCAAAGGAUAAGCUUGACAAAUGUGUAAAAGACAUACUGUUGGACCUCUGUUGGAUGCUUGCUAUUCCAGUUCCAAAAACAAACCUUAGAAAGGAAGAUAUUGUGUCAAAGCUGUUGGACUUCAUUGCUGAACCUCACUCUGCAGCUGAUUCUGGGCUGUCUGAUGAACAGGGAUCAAAUUCUAGGAAACGCAAGAGAGGAGGUGAAAGCGCUAGUAAGACUCCUGACGACACACCUAGUAGGUCGAUGAAGAAAUUUGGCAAUGAUUCCACUUCAGGUAAAAGGCGGAAGAAAGCACUUAAGUACGAUACUGAUGAUGAUGAUUCCAUGAAGUCUGACAGUGAGGAAAACAGAGAUGAAGAUGCAGAAGAACACGAAGACGACUAUGACUCUGGGAAAGAGAAGGCAGGGAAAAAGUUCCCAAAAGUACAAGAAUCUUCAAGCAAAAAGAAGACUGACAGAGGGAGUGGCUAUAAAACAGGUCAUCCAAAGACAAUUAGCAAAAGUCCAGUAAAAAAAGCAUCAUCCAAGAUUUCUGAGGAUAAAGAAAGCCCUGAUAACAGUGCAAAGGUCUUUUCUAGGAAGAGGAAACCUACAGCAAAGGGUGAAAAGGAUAUCAAAGAAAAAAAGUCAGCAGGUAAAAAGGUGACAAAAGGUAAAGGUGAAUCAGCCGAAGCGGAUCUUCCCAGCAAGGACGAACUGAGGAAGACCAUUACUGCAAUCCUCAAAAAAGUUGACUUCAACACGGCAACUUUCAGUGACAUUCUUAAGAAGCUCGACAACCACUACCAAAUGGAUCUGACUCCAAAGAAAGAAGCCAUCAAAGUUAUGAUCCAAGAUGAGCUAACCAAGAUGUCAGAGGCAGAUGAGGAUGAAGACACAAAUGAAGACGCUGGGAAGAAACAGCAGCAGCCUCAAGCGAAGGAGGUCGAGGCUUGAGGAUUCCUGGAACCCCGUAGCCGUAGUACCCGCUGUUAAUUAUCCUGUACUUAAUAUGCAUGCCUUGCCUUGUACAGGCAUACUAUGUUAAUUAUCGCCGCCAGCUUGAGAACCCAACCUUUGAUUGUGUAUGUUAAGACGUGUAGGCAGCCCUGAGCCCCCCACACCUUUUAGCUGACUGAUUGGAGAGGUACUCCUAGGUAACUUGUCUCUAGAUUUGCAAAUGGUGUCUGAAACUCUGCAUUUCCUGUGGCAGAGCAUGUACUGAAAUAGUUUAUGAUAGGUUUGAAUAACACAUGGACGGGCGUGUUAGGUUGUAAUUGUCAUUGUUUCUGUGAGUUUUUAUUUAGCAUGUUGCUACUGUGGAUAGUGGAUUAAGGAAUAGUAUUUGUGGUAUGCAUUGCCUGCGGGAGCGGGACUCUUCA